CAAAACGACACCAUGAGCGUAUCGGACAUGUCAGAGGAGUCGGAUGUCUCCUUUCCCGAGGAGGAGGACGAGGGACCCAACAUAGGCCUUUAUAUAGGCGGUCGUAAUGCUGCGGCACAACGUCACGGACGCGGCUGGGCCAUCUUGCCCAAUGGCGAUCAGUACGAUGGCAAUUAUCGCAAGGGACGCCGCCAUGGCAUUGGCCUUUAUGUCUUCAAGGAUGGCUCACGCUACUACGGACAAUAUCGUUGCGGCAAACGCUGUGGUCGUGGCAUUUUCAUCUAUCCCGAUGGCUCUGUCUACGAGGGCAACUGGCGCAAGCAUUUGAAGCAUGGCAAGGGGCGUUACAACUAUGUGAAUGGGGACACCUACUCGGGGGACUGGUACAAGGGCCAGCGCCAUGGUGUGGGCAUCUAUAGCAUCAACGGCAACAAGGACAGCUGUUGCAUGUCGCUGCGUUUAAAGUCCACCUGGAGUUACAACAUUCGCAUGGGGCCCUUUGAGCUGCACAUUGGCAACGACGACAAGUGCACCGUUCUGCACGGACUCUGGGAUAAUCUUUACCCCAUCGGGCCGGCUGUGUUCAGCUUCGACAAUCGCUAUAUGCUGCUGGGCUUCUUUCUGCCCGCCAAUUACAAGUUUAAGGACGGUCGUUCCAACGAGAAUCUGGCCGAAGACGAGCUGCAGGGCCUGGAGGAAGAUGAGGAGGGCAAUCCACUGCCCAUGGAACCAUCCCUGUGGUUCGCCCAGGAGAUUGCCGUCUACGAUUACUCCAUCUUGCCCCAGGAGCCAGUGCCAUUGCCAAUUUCUGACUCUGAGCUUUCGGUCUGCUCGUUGUCCACCGUUGCUAGCAUCCGCAGCGAGGAGAAGAUCAGCUACUAUGGCGAGGGUGAGGAGGCCGAGGGCGAGGAGGAGGGUGAAAUGGAGUGCUUCCCUUGCGAGUGCGAGUACGAUCUCAGCGAAGUGGAAUCCGAUAGCGAGCCAUGCAAGAUCGAUGCCAAUCCCUGCUGCAUCGAGAUCCUCAAGCAGCCCGAGUGCCCCGACCCAUAGGCUGGGCCUUCCGCCCCCUAUUCUGUUUUUGUGUUUAUAUUUUCGUUUUAGAAAGUUUUCUAGUCGGAUUAAAUAUCGCGAGAUCCUUUAAAAA